AUGAUGAUGAUGAUGAUGAUGAUCACAAUGUUUUUAUAGUUUCACUGCAUCAAACCAUCAUCUAUCAUCAUCGUCGUCAUAUUUUUUUCGCUGUUGCUAAGAACAUUUCUUUCGAUUCUCAUAAUAAUAACAUUAAUAAUAAUGGGCUGGAAACAUAUAUGAAUGAAAUUUAACUUUUUCAUGUUUCAGUUCAACUCAGUUUUUUUUAUCAGUGAUUGAGAAUCUUUGAUCAUCAUUUUUUCAGAGGAAAGAGUUUUUUUUGUUGUUUCAAAUUUCGAUUAUGAACGCAAUGAGUUAAACUAUCGAACGAAAAUAAUUAACAAAGAAGACUAAUUUAAGUUAAAAAAUGGCUAAUAAUAAUGAUCGAUCAUCAUCAUCGGCACGUCGAUCAUAUCCACCAUGUCCGGAUGGUGGCUGGGGUUGGAUGGUCGUAUUCGGAUCAUUCAUGAUACACGUUAUUGCUGAUGGUAUCAUCUACAGUUUUGGUCUAUUCUAUUAUGAAUUGGCCAAACAUUUUGGUGAAAGUAAAACAGCCACAUCGAUGGUUGUUUCCAUUAUGAAUGGAACGACGUAUUGUAUUGGACCGAUUGCUAGUGCAUUAACUAUCAGAUUUGGUUGUCGUGCUGUAACAAUUGCUGGCUCAAUAUUUGCCAGUUUGGGAUUCUUUCUCAGUACAUUUGCUCCGAACAUAUUCACACUUUAUGGUACGAUCGGCAUCUGUGCUGGUGUUGGUUUUGGCCUAAUGUAUUUACCGGCAAUUGUAAUUGUCACAUCAUAUUUCGAGAAAAGACGUGCAUUUGCCACUGGAAUUGCUGUUUGUGGUUCAGGAAUCGGUACAGCCAUAAUGAGUCCAUUGAUUGAAUAUAUUAUCAAUUUAUAUGGAUGGAAAGGAGCAAUGUUAGUGAUAUCUGCAUUACUUAUUAAUUGUGGAAUUUUUGGUGCAAUGUUUAAACCGGUGCCAUCGAUUAAGAUCGAAAUCACAACGGAUGCCAACCAUCAUAAUAUAAAUGAUGAUGAUGAUGACAAUCCAAUCGAAUUAAAAGAAUCGACAAAAUCAAUGUUAGUUUGUAUGGAAAAUCCAAAAGAUUCAUCCAUACAAAGUUCAGUGGAAAUUCAUUUGAAUCCAGAAGAAUCAAUAAACGGAGAACAGUGUGAUGAUGUCAUCAAACAACGUUCACAUUCAUUCACACCUGGAUUUUUAUAUCGAGAAGAUUCUUUCUACAGUGGAAGUCUAAUGAACAUACAUAAAUCUGAACAAAAAUUAAGCACCAUUCAUCAUCAACAACAACGGAUGGAUAAAAUAAAACGAAAAUCCGAUAGUGAUUGUUGUCUGUUUAAAAAAUUAAAUUUUCCCGAUGAAAUCAAAGAAAAUCUAUCCGAAAUGAUUGAUCUAAGUUUGAUGAGAAAUCAAGUAUUUCUCAUAUUCUCCAUAUCUAAUUUUCUAACAGCUAUUGGCUAUCAUAUACCAUUUAUAUUUCUGAAAGAUUGGAUCGUUGAUAAUCGAAUCGGAUCGCCGCAAGAAACAGGUUUUUUCACAUCGAUUAUUGGCCUUUUUAGCACUAUUAGCCGUUUGGUUUUUGGUUAUAUUUCCGAUCAUUCAUUUGUUAAUCGUCUUUGGUUGUAUACAUUUUCCGUUACACUUUGUGGAUUAAUUAUUAUUUCAAAUACCCUUGCAACAACGUAUAAAUUAUUAGCCAUUUUUUGUGCAUUUUUUGGCAUUACUUGCGGUACCUAUGUAAGCCUCACCUCGGUCGUAUUAGUUGAUUUAUUAAGUUUGGAAAAAUUGACCAACGCAUUUGGAUUGAUACUUUUAUUUCAAGGAGUGGCCUCUAUUCUGGGACCAUUAUUCAUCGGAUUCAUCUAUGAUCUUUCUGGAGCUUAUGAUACUGGCUUUCAUGUAAUCGGAUCAUUAGUCACAUUCAGUGGAUUAAUGUUGAUAUUGAUACCGAUUUGUAAUAAUUUUAAAUCGAUGAAAAAAUUAUUUUUAUAUUAAUUUGGUGUGAUA